GGCGUGCACCUGUAGUCCCAGCUACUCAGAUGGUUGAAGGAGGAGGAUCACUUGAGCCCAGCAGAUCUAGGCUGCAAUGAGCUAGGAUGGCGUCAAAGCCCUGCAGCCUGGGUGACAGAGCAAAACGCUGUAUUAAAAAUGAAAUGAAAAUGGUGAUUUCUCAGCAGGAGCACACUGUCUCAACCCCUCUUUUCCUGCCCAAGGAGGAGGCCCUGCAGCGGCAUGGAGGGAGCUGCUUUGCUGAGAGUCUUUGUCCUCUGCAUCUGGAACCAAAAUCACUUCCCGGAAUUGACCAACUGGUAGACUCGCCUAGAGAGGACGCAUUGUGUCCUAGUUGAGGCUAACAGUCAGUAUCCAGCCUCAACAUUCAGCAGAGGCCCCAGAUCAGCAUCUGAGCCAGGCCAACAAUGACCAAGGAGGAUGGGAUCCUGGGUGCAGCUCAUCACAAACGUCGGGGUGCAGCAAAACCAUCCAGGCUGGACAGUGGCUGGACAGUUCCAAGAAAAGAAACGCUUCACUGAAGAAGUCAUCGAGUACUUCCAGAAGAAAGUUAGCCCAGUGCAUCUGAAAAUCCUGCUGACUAGCGAUGAAGCCUGGAAGAGAUUCGUGCGUGUGGCUGAAUUGCCCAGGGAUGAGGCAGAUGCUCUCUAUGAAGCUCUGAAGAAUCUUACACCAUAUGUGGCUAUUGAGGACAAAGACAUGCAGCAAAAUGACCAGCAGUUUAGGGAGUGGUUUUUGAAAGAGUUUCCUCAAAUCAGAUGGAAGAAGGAGUCCAUAGAAAGGCUUCAUGUCAUUGCAAAUGAGAUCGAAAAGGUCCACAGAGGCUACGUCAUCGCCAAUGUGGUGUCUGGCUCCACUGGCAUCCUGUCUGUCAUUGGCGUUGUGUUGGCACCAUUUACAGGAGGGCUGAGCCUGAGCAUUACUGCAGCUGGGGUAGGCCUGGGAAUAGCAUCUGCCACGGCUGGGAUCGCCUCCAGCAUCGUGGAGAACACAUACACAAGGUCAGCAGAACUCACAGCCAGCAGGCUGACUGCAACCAGCACUGACCAAUUGGAGGCAUUAAGGGACAUUCUGCGUGACAUCACACCCAAUGUGCUUUCUUUUGCACUUGAUUUUGACGAAGCCACAAAAAUGAUUGCGAAUGAUGUCCGUACACUCAGGAGAUCUAAAGCCGCUGUUGGACGCCCUUUGAUUGCUUGGCGAUAUGUACCUAUAAAUGUUGUUGAGACACUGAGAACACGUGGGGCCCCCACCCGGAUAGUGAGAAAAGUAGCCCGGAACCUGGGCAAGGCCACUUCAGGUGUCCUCGUUGUGCUGGAUGUAGUCAACCUUGUGCAAGACUCACUGGACUUGCACAAGGGGGCAAAAUCCGAGUCUGCUGAGUCGCUGAGGCAGUGGGCUCAGGAGCUGGAGGAGAAUCUCAAUGAGCUCACCCAUAUCCAUCAGAGUCUAAAAGCAGGCUAGGCCCAAUUGUUGCGGGAACUCAGGGAUCCCAAACGGAGGGACUGGCUGAAGCCAUGGCAGAAGAACGUGGAUUGUGAAGAUUUCAUGGACAUUUAUUAGUUCCCCAAAUUAAUACUUUUAUAAUUUCCUGUGCCUGUCUUUACUGCAAUCUCUAAACACAAAUUGUGAAGAUUUCAUGGGCACUUAUCACUUCCCCAAUCAAUACCCUUGUGAUUUCCUAUGCUUGUCUUUACUUUAAUCUCUUAAUCCUGUCAGCUGAGGAGGAUGUAUUUCGCCUCAGGACCCUGUGAUAAUUGCGUUAACUGCACAAAUUGUAGAGCAUGUGUGUUUGAACAAUAUGAAAUCUGGACACCUUGAAAAAAGAACAGGAUAACAGCAAUUGUUCAGGGAAUAAGAGAGAUAACCUUAAACUCUGACCGCCGGUGAGCCGGGCAGAACAGAGCCGUAUUUCUCUUCUUUCAAAAGCAAAUGGGAGAAAUAUCGCUGAAUUCUUUUUCUCAGCAAGGAACAUCCCUGAGAAAGAGAAUGCACCCCUGAGGGUGGGUCUAUAAAUGGCCUCCUUGGGUGUGCCCAUCUUCUAUGGUCGAGACUGUAGGGAUGAAAUAAACCCCAGUCUCCCAUAGUGCUCCCAGGCUUAUUAGGAAGAGGAAAUUCCUGCCUAAUAAAUUUUGGUCAGACCGGUUGCUCUCAAAACCCUGUCUCCUGAUAAGAUGUUGUCAAUGACAAUGGUGCCCGAAACUUCAUUAGCAAUUUUAAUUUCUCCCCAGUCCUGUGGUCCUGUGAUCUCGCCCUGCCUCCACUUGCCUUGUGGUAUUCUAUUACCUUGUGAAGCACAUGAUCUCUGUGACCCACACCCUAUUCGUACACUCCCUCCCCUUUUGAAAGUCCCUAAUAAAAACUUGCUGGUUUUGCGGCUUGUGAGGCAUCACGGAACCUACCGAUGUGUGAUGUCUCCCCUGGACACCUAGCUUUAAAAUUUCUCUCUUUUGUACUCUGUCCCUUUAUUUCUCAAACCUGCUGACACUUAGGGAAAAUAGAAAAGAACCUACGUGACCAUCGGGGCAGGUUCCCCGAUACCCAAUGACCCCAGAGCAGUGCAGCCACCAGGGAAGGUGAGCCAGACACAGGCCGGGACAAAACGCAGACAUUUUUUAGGGGAAUAAAGAGGGCAAGGUAAAGUUUAUGGAACUCAGUGUUAGGAACUUUGGCAGCAGGGGAGGGGUUACUCAAGAUGGCAAGUGCGCCAAGGAGAAGGCAGAAAUGCUGGGGCCUGGAAUAAGGGAGGAGAGGGGACUGGAGAGUGUGGGGAAUGGAAAGAAGCAGUUUACUCUAGACUAAAGAAUAUAUUGGGGGAGGAAGAGAGGGAGGCACACAGGAACCAGCAAUGAGAAGACCAGGAAAAGAAAGAGCUGAAAAUGGAGAAAGCCACAGUUAGAACUGUUGGAUACAGGAGAAGAAACAGCAGCUCCACUACAGACCCGCCCCCCGGUUUGAUGUCCUUCCAAGAACGGAAUCUUUCCCUGGUGAUGGUCUCUCGCCCUGUCUUACCAGCAUCCACUCUCCCUUGUCCUCCCAGGGGUGUAUCUGAGUCAGCCAGUGGCUUCUUGAUGAUGGUGGUGGUGGUUGUAGUGUGACAGGUCCCCUUUAGGUUAUUUAAGGGUGCAUGUCCCCUGCUUGAACCCUGAAGGCCAGGUAAUGAGCCAUUUCCAUGGUGCCCAGCUGAGGACCAGGUGUCUCUGAGAAUCCAAACAUCCUGGAGAGUAUCUGAGAACCAACCAAGUAAAAGUCUCGUUGCUCAUAUAUAGUAGACAAAGAGCCAGAAAAUUAACUGAAAAGCAGUUUAGAGAUUGGGGGAGGCCGGAUCUCUCGAGCUGUCUUGCUGAGUGCCCUGUGUGUAAGUCCUAAUAAACUUAGCUACUUGCCAA